UGUACGUCCAGAACAUCGCAUUUGGGAGCAAUCUCAAUGUUCAGCUUCUCGCCCUUUUAUCUGUAAGAAAAAGUUUUCAACAGAGCCUUCGACAUCACCGGGUGAGGAAUCUGCUCAUCAAGAAGAAAUGUCAAAACUAUUGACAUCAUUAAGUGAGUCGAUUGACUGUCAGCGGGAGAAUUGUAAAGAAGAAACAAAGGAAAAGAAACAAAGUGUUGAGGAGUUAAUUUCUUCAGCCCAAAGAAAAAUUGUUGAAAUAGUGAACUCUAGUACCUUUAUUUAUACGUUUACUAUGGUGGAACGCAAUAUUGAAUUAGAUGUUUUUACGAGUAAAUUCAUAGAUCUACAGUAUCAAAGAUCGAAUGCCACCUCUGUUCCAACUAAAUCCAUCGCGAUGAUGUGCCAAAAUCGAUCAUCAUGUAUUGUCAAAGGAGUGAUAAUGGAAAUAAGUAACAUCACGAUCAGUUUAUCAAAAUCGCCGAACAACUCUGCAGCGCAACAAGCGGAUACAAUGUCGGUGGAUUACCUCGUUGAUGGACAAUUGCUCAACAAGUUAGACGAAGGCGAGCAAGUAUCGCUAAAUUUUGAAGUGGAAAAGUGGUAACAGGAAGUCAGGUCAGGUGUAUGUUCUUGGAUGGACUUCUUUGGAAUACGACAGGAAUGAAAGUUAAUGCCUCGAAGGGCAACGACGUUGUUGAAUGUGUAACGAGUCAUUUUUCUAGCUUUGCAAUGGUUGUUCUUGAUUCAGAGGCAAGUGAAGCUGAUAAAGAUGCUUUAAAGUUCAUCAGUUAUAUUGGCUCAGGAUUGUCGCUGGUUGGUCUGGUUUUGACAUGCCUUAUCUACAUCAUUCUACACAAAGAUUUGCAGAUUUUGACGACCAGUCGACACUUGGUACAUUUGAACUUGCAGAUCGCGCUGGGACUGACCCAGAUUGUUUUUCUCGCAGGAGGCAGUGCUACACAUGAUGAGAUUGCCUGCAAGGUCGUUGCAAUCUUACUGCAUUAUGUUUCACUGGCAUCAUUUUGUUGGAUCCUUCUUGAGGCGGCCAUGUUGUAUUUGAAACUCAUCUCUGUGUACGGUGGAGAAUUCGUUAGAAUGAGAAAUUUUUAUGCUUUUGGUUGGGGAUUUCCUUUGAUUUUCGUUGGUUUUUCUUCUGGUUUGAAGAUUAAUGCUUAUGGUUCUGAGAAAUGGUGCUGGUUGUCUUACAAAGAAGGAUUCUUUUGGGUGUUUUUUGCACCAGUAGUCAUCGUAACAACGGUAACAUUGGUCGUCUUGAUUGCUGUGGCUCAUGUUUUAUUUCAUGCUGCAAAGGCUCAAAGCAGUAAUAUGAAAUACAUUGUUUCUGCCGCGCGAGGCAUAAUCAUUCUUUUCCCAACUCUUGGUCUCUCGUGGGCAUUCAGUGUCAUCGCUUUCAACCAUGAAGCCAUGAUCUGGAAAUACCUAUUCGUGAUAUCGACAUCGACACAGGGCUUUCUUAUCUUUCUCAUAUACGGGAUUUGUAAUCGCGAGAUUCGAUCUGCAAUCAAGCGGAGGAUCGAAGUCAGCCCAACGACUUUAACAACAUAGCCCUUCACUUUCAGACUGAAACAGUUUUUAUGGUGGCUCUGCCAGCUGUUCGUGAAUGCGACGAACGUGUAUUUGUAAUAAACUAAAUAUUAAUAAUAAUAGAAAAAUAAAUCGGAAAGCAAAACAUGUAGUUUUAGCGUAAUUUAAUUCACGAAAUAGUAAUAUUAAUAACCGCACAAAAUUAAUUAAAUUUCUAAAUAUUAAAUGAUUGUAUAUAAUGUAAAGUCCGGACAACUAAAGUAUCGAGACUGGAUCAAAGAUGU